AUGGAGCUGGCUGCGGACACCUCGCCUUGUCAAAGAAUGAUUAUUGGGGACUCUAACGCUACUCUCUUCGAUCAUGAGAGAAGAGGGCCUAGGAGAUUCUGCUCGGGGGCUGCUUCGGAGUUCUCUGCUAUGGUCAAUGCCUCUACUAUGAUUCAAAUCCCUUCCUUUGGCAGGAAGUUCACUUGGAGUAACAAUCAGAGAAGAGGCCAUGUGACUGCGGUUCUUGAUAGAACCCUUGUGAAUGAAGAGUGGCUAAAGACCUUUGAUGAUUGCAUUCAAAAAGAGCUUCCCCGUAUUGCCUCUGACCAUGCCCCAUUGAUGGUUUGUUCUGGAUCAUCUCUAAGACCUAGAAAUUGUCCCUUUAGAAUUAAUAAUUUCUGGUUGGAUCACCUGGACUUUCUAGAUUUGGUUAAUGCAGCUUGGAGCUUUGAAGUUUCUAGUUCUCCAACCUCUAUAUUGGCUCAGAAGCUGAAAGGUCUAAAGCCAAUAAUUAAAGCUUGGUCGUGUGGUGCUUUCCCUAACCUGGACCAGGAGGUGGCUACUUCCAAAUCUGAAUUGGAUGCCAUUCAAAGUCGGAUUGAGAUAGAGGGGUGUUUUGAGCACCUUUUCGACCUAGAAGCUGAUGCCAAAACCAGAUAUUGGAAAGCAAUUGAAAACCAUGAGAAACUGUGGUCUCAAAAGUCAAGAAUUAGAUGGCUGAAGGAGGGAGACAGAUGCUCUAGGUUCUUUCACGUUAUGACUCGUGUCAAGCGGGCUAGAAACUCUAUAAGAAGUAUUGUGAUAGAUAAUGGAGAUGAAAUCAGCGAUCUGGAUCAACUGGGGUCCUAUUUGGAAAAUUUCUACAAGAAUUUUCACAAAAGCAUAGAGCUUGAAAAUCAUCCUCAGAUCUUCAACUGCAUUCCUAACAUCCUCCUGGAUUCGGAUCGUCUCAUGCUUGAUGCUUCCCCCUUGGACGCUGAGAUCAAGGAAGCUGUUUGGGAUCUUGAUCCUGACAAUUCUCCUGGCCCUGAUGGAUACACGGGAUCUUUCUUCAGAAAAUGUUGGGUUAUUAUCAACAAUGACGUCUGCAGGGCGGAGCAAGGUGCUUUUCAGAAAGGAAAAGUCAUUCAGAUGAACAUCAGCCUCGCGUCUGAGCUGAAAAAUUUAAUGGAGAGUUCCUCAAGGGGAGGCGGUCUUGGUUUGAAGAUUGAUAUCAGAAAAGCCUUUGACACUAUUUCUUGGGACUUUUUCCAUGUCCUUAGAAAAUUCGGCUUUUCUGAGAUAAUGAUUGGGAGGAUGCACACCAUCCUCAAGACUGCUAGAAUUUCUAUUCUUCACAAUGGUGGCCCUGUGGAUUUUUUUGAGACAUGCAGAGGGCUGCGUCAGGGUGGCCCCAUCUCCCCUCUUCUGUUUAUUAUUGCUGAGGAAGUCCUAUGCCACGGUAUGGCUGAUUUAUCUACGAAAGGUUUGAUCAAACCUCUAGCAGGUCCUCGUGGAGCUGAGGUGCCUACCCACCUCUUAUUUGCGGAUGAUGUCUUCAUCUUUAUGAACACCUCCAAAAGCUUUUCGGUUUAUUGGUGGCCUGCGACAUUUAAUCAAAUGCUUGAAAAAUGGAUGAGAAACUUUAUCUGGAUGGGGGAGAUAGAUUCCACAAAAAAAACUACUGUGAAAUGGGACUCAAUUUGUAAGCCCAAGAAGGAGGGGGGCUUGGGCAUUCGAAGACUCCGCGACGUCAACAAGGCUUUGUUAGCUAAAUUGACUUGGAAGAUCAAGAAUGAAGAAUCCCAGCUGAGUAGGCUCAUUGGCAGCGGCAGGAGUGUUGAUUUCUGGAAUGAUAACUGGCUAGGUCCAACUUCUAUUCAGAACCUAUCAAUCCUAGAUGAAGAGGAGUUGUCAAACAUCUCCCACCCCGUGGCGUUGUUCAUUGAAAAUGGAAGAUGGGCACUUCCUCUGGAAGCCAAGCCCAUUGCGGAUUUUUUGGCAAAGGAUGCUGCAAAAUCUGGGAUAACCUCUGAGAAUGUCUCCUUGCCUCCUCGCAUUAGAUAG